AUGGCCUCAUCUGCAUCCGGCCCUGCCGGACUAGCCGCCGUUUCGGAAUUCGCCGCCUCGCUUGGUCAGAACCCAUUCUAUGCCGGCUAUAGCGAAGCUUAUUUGGGUGCGGCCGCCAGUGCUAAUAGUGGAUUUUUGGCAGCCUCCACCCUUGCGCAGCCGAGCAGCAACAUUGAACAAACGGUCAGUCUUACGUUUUUGUUU